AUGAAUAUCAUAAAAAUUCGCUGGCGCGGGGCCCUGUCCCCAAAGCAACUGGCUGCGCUGCUCGCCACUCGCGACCACACCCAACUCGCCACUAAAACCAUCACCAAUAACACCGGCAGCCCUACUGCCGAGGUCGAUCCUUCGACCAACUCUCCCUCCCAACCUCCGGCGACAAUUACCACGGUCUCCCCCGCUAACCCCCCUAUCCCCGAAGGGUCCGUCGGAUCUCCUACCGAUAAGAAAGUCAAGUCGUGCACCGUCGUACAUAAAGUCACGUCGGUGAGGGGAUCGGACCCUACAACGGGAGGGGAGGUCGGCGUCGGAGCGCCGUUAAGCCGGGUAGAGAAGGGGGAGUGUUGGUUCGGGAUCGAGAUCGGCGAGGCGGCGUGGGUGUUGUUGGCGGUGGUCGUGGUGGUGGUGAUUGGCGUGGUCGUGCGUACGUUCAUGGUAGCAAGCCGGUUCUUGGAGGCUCUGUCCCAAUGGGUGAUGGCCUGA